AUGGAUUUACAAGAAUUAUUACGAAAACGCGGAACAAUAAAAGCUCAAUUAACUCGAUUUCAAACGUUUAUUGAUGAAUUUACGAACGAUAAAGUCGAUCAAUUGGAGGUUAGAUUAGAAAGAAUAACUGGUUUUUUGUCGGAUUUACAUGAGGCUUUACAAGAUCAAAUCGAAGCGCUCGAUAAAACUCAAGAAACUGAUCGCGAAACAUUUGAAGACAAAUAUUACGAAUUAGUCGCAAAAUCAAAAAAUUUAAUUUUAAAUAAAACAAAAAUCGUUGAUUCGGCAACGUUUUCGGCAUCAGGCAAUUUUACAAAUAACACGUUAAAUAUUAAAUUACCCAAAAUUUCAUUACCAGAAUUUCAUGGAUGGUAUGAUAAAUGGUUAAUGUUUUCGGAUACCUUUAAAUCGUUAAUUGAUGAGAAUGAGCAGCUAAAUAAAACACAAAAAUUUUAUUAUUUGAGAUCGUGUUUGAAGGGUGAAGCGGGGCAGGUCAUAAACGCGCUUGAAGCGUCAGACGCGAAUUAUCUCGUCGCGUGGGAAUUACUAAGAAACCGGUAUGAAAACAAACGUAUCAUCGUGCAUACUCACGUAAGGGAAUUGUUUGAAUUAAAUGCUUUAAACCAAGAAUCGCAUNUUUACCAUUCCGUAAAAUACACAUAA